GCGCUCGUGGACGGCGGAUGUCCGAGGAGGACCCCCGAGAGUGCGCGGAGCCUGUGGAGCCAGCGGCCCAGGCCCCCCCGCCGAAAACCAGCGACUACUACUGUGUCGAUGAGAACCUGCCCGUCAGGUUCAACAACCCGGCGUGGUUCCGGGGCUACAGGCCCAAGGUGCCCGUCUCGGUGUACAGGACCAGCAACCAGACCUACGGGGGCCGGGCCCCCACCGUGCACGAGAUGCCGAAAGUGUUCUAUGCAAAGUCAAACAAGUUUUCCCAACAACUAGCAGCCGCUGGAAUGUUCCAGAACAACUCCUUCAACGUCUGCCUGGAGAAGAGCAUCGUGACGGGUGUUGACAACUGCAUCACCACCUACGACCGGCUGAACUUCCACCCGAGCUACAACGCCAGCAGGCCGUCCAUCUGCAGCGACUGAGGGGCGGGCCCUCCCCCUCCCCCCGCCAGGGCUCCCCGCCCCC